AUGAGCGGAAGCGUUAGGAAUUUCACUGUUAUCCACAGGAUCAUAUUUUGGGUCUUGGUCGUCGGUAAGUAUUCUCCUAAGAUUUCUGUAAAAAAUAUUGAUGUUAUAUCUAAUUUAAUUUCGUUCUGCUAUCGUUAAAUUAUCAUGUAAUGACGCAUUUGGAGAGUGGUUUGAAAACAUUUUAUCCAUAAGUUCCGUUUGCAAAUAAUUCUCACGAAUCGAGACAUUGUUAAAAACGAAUGAAAUCGUAGUAAUUCUUUGAUAAAUUUCUGAACGUCAAAUUAAAAAAAUUAGUAUUCGUGUACUCGUUUCGUUGGCUAGUUUACACAUUCAACAUUUUUGCCUUGUAGGCAAAUGUACGUUAAUUAUACACUCCGGCCCCUAAAUUUUUUUAGAGCAUACACAAAAGAGAUGAAUAAUUUACAAGCCUAAGAUAGAUAAGAUGUAGCACAGUGAUUUCUCUUUCGUCAAGGUGUGCUGAAGCUUAACAAUGAAACCAUUCAAAAUUUGAAAUACAACUUUCAGCAGGUUUCUCUGACAUGGAGUUUUGAAGUGAUUGUCCGUCAGCUCCAAAUUUGCAUGAUUAACUCGGAUCAGUCACUUGUUUGCAAAGUCAAUCAGAUAUUCUGUGAUUAUUAUGAACUAAGAUUUUUAUACUGACCAUGACUACAGCGAAACAAUACUCAAAAAAGUAAAUUUUUUUUGUGGUUGAAACCUUCAUAUCUCACAGAAAGAUUUUUAUCGAAACGAUUUCUUCAUUUACCGUUAAAUAACAUUAUUUAUUAAGUAUCAUAACAGAAUUCUUAAUCUUUCCAAAGUUUUCUGUGGUCACUACUAUAGACACAACUUUUAGAUAUUCGUUAGCCGUGACAGCGAGUUUGGCAUAUCUUCAUUGAUAAAAAACAUAAAAUUUAAUGCGGUUUUUACUUUCAGUCGCAUAGAAUUUCUUACUUUCUUCCUCAGUCAGGUGCAUAUCCUGAAUUUUUUCUCAGCUUAUGAAUCAAACGGUCACCAAAGCUCGCCAAGAACUCUUUGUUGACAUAACAGAGUUUUUGAUAACCAGUUGUUUUUCUUUCAAUUUGAAAGGAACAAACUCGAUUUGAAACUCCUAUUUAUUAGUUAUGAAAACGACAAUUUGUCUGACCUGAUGACGUUAGAUAUUUAUCAGACGUAUUUCUAAUUUUUAUUGCAUAACGAAAUUACAAAAAUUCAAAUUCAGUUUUCUCUCAAUGUAGUGUUCAAUACCGAACUCCAAAGAUACAACACUGAACCCUUGAUAAAUUAUUUUUAACGUUAAGAAUGUCCACCUGGUACAAUACUUAAACUCGAAACUGCACAAACUGCACCUCUGGGUCCUCGAUGAAAAAAAAAUUAUUGUUAGUAUUACUUUCGAUAAGCAUAGAUCUAAUAGAUAUAAACCUAUUCAUUUUUAUUACUCGGUGGUGAGAAGUGAAUAAAAACUAUUGAUAAACCCUAAUUGAUCUAAAAACAGGAAGUCGUACGGAAUGAAAUCUGAAACAAUCAGUGACAAACUUUCAAAAUAAGUAUAAAUUUGAUUAUGCUCAUGAACCUUCGCAAAGGGAUAUGGAAAUUUGUAGGUGAGAUGUCGGGACUUGACUCUCAGAGGCUCUUCACCCGAGAGUGGGUACCAGGGCACUUUGCAGAAACUCGUCAAAUUUCCAAGGGGGGGGGGAAGAAGGGGGGGUGAAGGCUGGCGUAACCUGCGAUAAACCACGUCAGCUUCGUGAGACAGUCUCGAAUGCAGACUUUGCUAAAGCCUUCUGUACUUUAUUUGUUACUCUCUUGUCUUACGACUUCAUACAACUAUGUUAGUAUCAAAACAUCUUAUUACUUUCUUUUUUCUUUGACUGUACGUUUUAUUUCUUUCUAUCUUGACGAUGCCGGGCUUCAUUGAACUUGACCACUCUGGAAUCUGUUUAGUUUUGCAGCGUACAUCUUGUAAGUAACUACCAGUUUGGCUUCACUGCGCACGCGCACGUCAAUUGCACUUUACCUGCUGGCCGCUUGAAGUACGCACCCUGCACUCGAAUCUCACUGAAACGCUAGAAUUAAAAAGUUAGCCAUAAGUUUUUGCUCCCCAGUUUUUGCGCCCAUGACAGCGCACUGUUCUCAAUCUGCUGGCUAAUUAUUCAUGUAUUGCUUCCAUUCGUCGUAACCAAUCGUGAUUUGCUAAGCGUUCUUAUCACCUAACUUAUACACUCACUUUCUUCAACUGCACUUUUGUUCAUCUUCACAAAGAUUUGCUCACAGUUUUUUGGGCGGUAAGUGUGAUGGAACCUGUCUAUCGUAUGUUUUAAAUCGCGUCGUAAAGUGCCGAUUUCCUACAAGAAUUUUCUGCGGAAUAAUUUUUGUCUUAAGGUAGUAUACUUGGGUAUUUGUUUAGCCCAAGAGAUUUGGAAUAAAAAAUUGGGAGGACGGGGAGGGAGAGGUGACUGAUUGCCAUUAAACAAAGGGUCGAUCGCGUCAUGAAAGUGUGUCACUUCAAAGAGGAAUGUAGCUUAAAAAGAAGGAGCCUAGUUAACUCUUUGGCUCAUAAUGGUGACUAAAAUAUAAUUUCUCCUCACAUCCCUGAAUCACACAUCAAGUUCAUGAGAAUAAAGGAUGUGAUCACCAUCUAAAGAAGUUCUUGAUGGUUAAACAAAUUCUCCUUUUCAUCACCCUUAGAGAACAGUGAGGAGAACAGUAUGGAGAAUAUUGAUACUGAUGUUAGGGUGUAAUGGGUUAGAGCUAGUUCAGCAGCCGUUUGUGGAUACUUUUAGUCGAAGCCUUUCAAGCCAUUGUGAACGAGAAGAGUUAAACUAAAACGGUAAAAGCAAUGGUAGGGGGACUUACCUUCACCCCUGGGCCUGGGUUCGAUUCCCGUAUUUGACGUUACCUGUGGGUUUAGUUUGUUGUUGGUUCUCGUCCUUGCUCCGAGGGUCCACUCCGGGUCUCUGGUUUUCCUCUCUCCACAAAAACCAAUAUUCCAAAAUGCAAUUCGACCAAUAAAGCUGGAAAAGAAGAGCGACCUCGUGGAAUGUUCAUUUCUAAAUUCUAUAUUGUUAUUAUUACGAUUAUGAAAUAUCGAUCGGAUUGUUAUAAAAAAAUUUCUCCAUCCUAUAUCCUCUUUCUGCUAUUUUUCUCUGGCAUUGCUCAAUAAGCGAGUCAGACAAAACAUGUUUCCAUUUCCAGAACUGUUUAUCUCCUACUGCAUUCAGGUUUCACCUCUUUUCAGUCCACAAAUCCAAUCCAUUUACUCUCUCUUGUAUUCAUAUCAUACUCUAUUUCAUAACCUUCGCAUUUUUAUUGGACUUCGGGAUCACUCAAUAUCUAUUGCCUGAGGGGGGAGGGGGGGAUCCGGGGAGGUGUCCGGGGGAGAUCCCGAGAAGUUUUUUUACGAGGGGUAUCACGUGGUUUUCGGGGGAACGGAGAGGAGAUCAGUCUUCGAAAGGGGGUUUAUAGAAAUUGACCGCAAUGAGAGGGGGAGGGGGGGAGGGGCGUCAUUAUAAUACUAAAGAGCCUUAGAGGAGAUCAGGUGAAUUUUAUUGUGACAGCUAAAAUCCUCCGACCCCCCACCCCAGGCUAUAAAAUAUGUCUGUUCUCUUAUCACGUCGUGGAUAUACAAGGACAAGCCAUUCAACGAUUCAUGUAAGCACAACGAUCAGCAAUCACAUUUUUCUCAACACUGACAAAAUUUAUCGUGGUUGCUCAGGUUUGAAACACAAACUUAACUAUUGUUGUUCCUUACCUCAGCCUACCCAUUUCCACUUGCAUGGGGCUCCCCCUAUCUGAGCGCUGAACAUUACUGGCCAAUGAAAAACAUAACGAAUGGAAUCCUCGAGGAUGUUAGAGGGGCAGCUCACACCGUCGUACAUGAAGGAAAGAUAGUAGUAGUACCUCAGCUGGGACAUGCAUUGUCCUUGGAUGGAAUAGAUGACUGGGUGGAUACUGGUGAGUAUAGAAUGUAUCGACAGACGUAUUGUCUGUGACACCCCCAGGGGAGCGACAUUCAAUGCGAUCAACAGUAGCAGAUCUUUUUCUAUGGAAGGGGUAGGAGAGACCUACUCUACCCCCUCCCCCAAAAACUUAGUUUUUGUUAAGUUGUGUUACAGUCGUCACAAACGCUAACGACUGCGAUUGAGUAAUCUGUAAAUUUCUUUUUGAUUAACAAUGUCCCUAGUUGAAUCAACUAUCUAGAUUCGUCGCGGUCUUAUACCUGAUUUUCCGUUACUUUUUAAACAAAAUCCUGUUAGUUAUCAAUCUUGACCAGAAAGGUACCCUUCAUAGACGAUAGUCUCCAGUUGGCGCAAAAAAAAAAUUUUCCUCCUUCAGCACCCAAACCCAAUUUUUUUGUUAAUUGCCACUUAACUGUCGACUGACACACACUCUCCUCUAGGGAGGAGUCGGAAAUGCAGUUCGCUCCCCAUAGCCGGUCGCGAUCGAAAGCCGUUUGGUUGUAAGUACGGUUUCACUUCGCGCACAUUCCCUUAUACAUGAAAUUUUUGCGACACCUUCAAUUUUUUUUAGUAUCAGGAAAAAAUUUUGAAAAAUCCUCUCCGCGCCCUUUAGACCAAAAACUGUGAGCUAACCAUUGCAAUAAAAUUUUGGUUGGGUUCUGUCGAUACGGAAACACAUUUGAGGAAAAUGUGUUUGUGCUUUGUUUGUUUCUUUGUUUAAAUGUUUCUAUUUAUAGGUCAAAGUAAAAAUUGCAAAUAACAUGUAAUAUCUAACAAUAAUUCAGUAUGAUUCUACCUCUUCACAUUGCAGCUAGCAAUUUUUUUUCGUGUAUAAUUUUUUCUUGUUGCCAGUCUUUCUUUCAUGUCGCAAAAAUUUCAUGUGAUAAGAGACCCCCCACAAAUAUUUUAAAGAAACGCUGUCAAAUGAUAAAUCAAGUAUUUUUGGUGACAAAUGAUAUCAAACAAAAGUCUUCCUCGUGUAUGGGAUACUAACCAUCGCCUAACCCUGUAUCACCGUCAAGGACGGAAGUAUAAAGUUCAAACUUGAGAAAAUUAGUGGUUUUGUAGAAUCAAUUUCCCGGGAAAAUGUUUUGACAGUGUUCCUUUAAACGAAAGCACAUUUGAAACUUUCCUUAACUUGCACCAUUCAUAAAAGGCAACUCUGGCACUUUCAGUAUUUCACAGUCAUUUCGUCAACAGUUUACUCUCAGUUAGAGGAUUGUAUUGGGUUUCCAACUCGUAAGAAAUGAUAUCCCAUAUCAGGAGUUUACAUAUGGAUCACAUCUUUCGUUUUCUUUUUAACCACUUUCAAGUUUUCUUACGACCCUCGAUUGUAGAAGCAAUGAAAUGUUGAUCAAUUUUUAUCAAUACGUCGUUUUCCAUUAAAUAAGGUGAUCACAUGAAUAAUGAUUUUGAUGGCAUGAAUUCGGAAAUCGUCGGAGAUUUGUACGAAUUUCCGAACGGCCGAAGGUUGAUCUGUAUACAGCACCUUCCGAUCGAUUGACCCUGAGGUUACUUGGUCCCAGUUUUCUCAAAGUUGACCGUGCUUGAAUUAUUCAAUAUGGCCGGUUGGGAAAGGUGAAACUCUCACUGAAAAAAGUAACCAGUUCUCCGUGGCUUUUGGAGACAGCUGUUUUAAAAAUGAAUUGCCCCGUCGCGAAUUUAUACGCUUGAACGUUGACAAUUUUAAAAUGUCUCGCAUCAAACUGAAAUGGUCGUCAGAGUCAGGUAGGUUGCGGGUAAUAAGUGCUUGAUAUAAAAUUUCAAAUUAUUGCAUCACUUGACUUGACUUCCUCUUUUGACCACAGUUUACCCUUUGUAAAGACCUGGGUAAGGUACAGAAAAAUAAAUUUAGCGUAACAUUCUUUUAAAAUGUAUUGUGUCACGUUUCAAGGUGGUUUUAACGCAGAUUGCGUGACAGAACCCUCAAGAUGUGAGAAUGGAUUUACAGUGACAUUUUGGCUCAAGGUUCAUGGAACUGGCUACAUUUUCUCAUCAGGAUCUUUCACAAACAAAAGGAAUGGUCCAGGAUAUCAGCUAUAUUACCACCAGAGCUUGAAACGUUUUAAAUUUAUUCUUGAAACCAGAGAUAAAAAGUGGACGCUGUUUAUUCACGAAGAAGUUGGGUUGUGGACACAUAUGGCCUUUACAUGGAGGGAACGGAACGGACUGGCGUAUUACGAGGAUGGAAAUUUGAGCUCGUUUACCGACAAGCCCGAAAUUGUGUCUGCGUUGCGCCAACAGAAUUACACACCUGUUAUCACACUUGCACGGCCUAGCAGCAGUUUGAGUCUCAAGAAAUUUGGAAAGUUUGAGAUUUCUCAGUUUGCCAUCUGGCAGAAAGAACUUUCAGCUGCAGAUAUUGCUGGAGUGUAUCAAGAUGGAGUUACUUAUGAUGAGGAUUUAACCAUGUGUUGUUAUUUCAAAUCAGGUGGGUAUCAAAUGUAGAGUAUUAAUGCAAGGGGAAUAAUGACAAGCCUUUAGAGCAAAGCCAAGAGGGUCCAUGGGUGUACCCCCCAUAUCAAUUAAAAAUUGGACCCUGCAAUGACCAGACCUUUGCUCUUUGCUACCAUUUUGAAUCAUGUGGAUGUCAGUCUGGUAAAAGAAUCCUUGGAAUUGCUCUUGAGACUAGUUUUUCCCUCUUUAUGAGUUCCUUAAGUAGCAGAGCUUUCGGAAAAAAAAAUUUAAGGGCUCUAAAGACUUAGUUGUUUGUAUUAAACUUGUUUUUGCCUUCCUGCAAAAUUAAUGUGCAGGCUUUCCAUGCAAAUCUGCUCUCUCCCCAACCCCCUUGUCUUCUUGGGAAGGAGCAUGUUCCUCAACAACCCCAAACAAUGCUUGCAAGGGAGAUAAGCUGUGACUUGAUUGUAAAGUAUACGCAACCAUAUUCUCCUGUACUUUCAGUGAGCCGUUGUAUGGAAAAUCCAUGUCAUGACCCUGAACAUUGUCGCAGAAUCAUGGAAUCUGCUGAGAGGAAGUGCCUUUGUCCCGGUGUCAAUCUUCGCCUUAAAACUUGCAAAGGUAACAAAAAGAACAAUUCAUGGCAUAUGCAAAUAAGUGGAAAGGCAUAUCCAAUAAUAAAUUAACAACUUAAUUGUUCUAACUAUUUAUUUGUAUAUUCAGUUAUUCUUCUGAAACUAUCUGAACAUAAACUCCCUUUUUCAUUCAUUUAUUUACGUUCUAGUAUACACAGCUUCAUUGUAAACAACAGCCAUUUCAUAGUUAGGAUCAUCCAUUUGAGGCAAAAAAUGCUAUUGGAGAAAUUUCAGUUUUUAUAAUUUAGAGUUGUCAUCAAGUGCCCAAUCUUACAGGCAGGGUUGUUAAAAGUGAUUGGCAACUGGUACAUUUCACCGUCUACUCUGAAAAAUUCGCCAUAUAUUCUGAAUGCUAUUGCCUCAAUUCUCAACAUGGAAGCAUGUCUUUGUGUGGCUUAUUUUGUAUCACAGUCCGGUUACUCAAAAUCUUUUGAACAACCCUGCAUAAACACAUCGGUCAAACGUCUGUGCAUGAGCGAACGUUGUAAUGAAAAGGUUACAUGCUUUCUGAUGUCUCACGCGAGUUACAAACAACCACACAAGCCAGUAAGUCACGGUGUUUUAAAUGCGUCUAACCUUUUUUUGGUAUAGCUCCAAACAGAAUGGUAAAUCAGGAGGAUUCUCGUACUUGAAUAAGCCUUUUGUUGCAAAAGUCUAGAGUUUUCAUUUCCUCUACUUUUGUUUCCUUUUACAGAUUUCUAUGGACGUUUCGACUAUCUUUCACCUAUUUUGCGAGACAGUAGUUGUUUGUUAUGAGCGUUUUCUUUUAAAUUUUGUGCGGUAAAUCGGCGCGCGGCCGGCUACAACUGAUCCACUCGCGCAUGACCAACGUUUGACCGCUGUGUUCACUGCAUACAAUAAAAUUUCAUGAAUUUUACUGAAUUUUUUUUCAAAAAUUCUUUCAGCAAAGAUAACAGGUGUAUGUAAGGACAAGAGUAGAAGUUGCGACGUGUUCGCUAAACAAUCUGAAUACUGCAAACGAAGAAAAAUGCGAGAAAUUUGUCCGCAGUCUUGCAAUUACUGUGGUGAGUAAGUCGCCCUCUCUAUUAAACUUGAAUUGAAGGAUUGAACGUAAAAAUUGAUUGACACCUCCGUCAUAAAAAUCCACAUGCGACUUUCAUGCAUAUAGUUAUGACUGUUUGGUGGGAUUAAAACAAUUUUCACUUAAUUAAGCGCCGAAAGUCAUCCGGGAUUUCAUUGAUUUUGCUUUACUCCGCUCUGUGAUUGGUUCAGAAAACUCGUACCACUCUCUCAACCAAUCAGAUGCAAAACUUAACGCAAUCACGACUUGGUCGCCCGCGUUUUCCCGCGCUUUAAGCAAUUUGGUUUGUUUCUACUUUGAGCUCUCAUUGGUUCUGAAAUGCAUUUUCCUCUCUUCUGAUUUGCUGUUGUGAUUACUUUGGUUUUGAUUCUGAGAAACUCAAUCGGAAAGCGCUCAAAAUAAAUGAGAAAACUUCUUGAUGCCCUUUUUACAUAAUAUUAAGCGAUCCUUGACAAAUCUGUUCCGUUAAACCCGAAGAAUUGUUUCAGUUACUACUUCCCUAGUUUCAAUGUUUUACCUCGAAAGCACGAGACAGGGCUGAGUCGACUCCUAAUUCCGACUUCCAUUCAGAGAAUUACAUACAUAUAUAUAUAUAUUUGACUCUGUGAUAGGGUAAGGGAAAAGUAGGGGAGUACCUCCGUUAAAUUAUAGACUUCAUUGGCAAAAUCAUCGUACCAAUGUUUUACCCUUGCUUGGUUCCAGGUCCUUCGCAUCCUAUCACCACGCUGAAACCGACACUGAAGACUUCGUCGACGUUCAUGUCCAGAAUAUCUCGGAAAUCCCGCAAUCCCUCCACGGUGGUCCCGACUAACGGGAGUCCCGCGGGUGGUGGGAUAACUACAAACCCGACUUCACGGCCAAGGACUCCGACUACAGCCAGGAGAGGUAAAAGAGGUGAGUUAAUUUCAUGAGGCUGUAAGUACAUGAGAGUAGGUGAGAUAAUUAUUUAUUUGCACAGGGUAUAGGAAAAUAAAUAAAUAGAAUAAUGACAAAGAAAAAUUUUGAGCUUGAUGUUUGAAUAAAGAAAGAUGUUGGUCAGGAAAAAUAUGAGUCCCCAUCCGCGAGGGAUCGAACCUCAAGACUUUCAGGUUUCGUGCUCCCAUACCCUACCGUUAAGCUACAGGAAACAAUUACUAGGUUCAAAUCUGAUACGUGACCUGCCCGGUUGUGAGCGCGCUCACCCGUUCUCUGUGGCCUGGGUUCAAUUCGCGGACCUGGCGUCACAUGAAGGUUGAGUUUUUGAUUGGUUCUCGUCCAUGCUCUUUUUCACCUAGUCGUCCAGUUUUCCUCCCCCUACGAAAACCAACAUUCUAACUUUAAAUUUGACCUGGAAACAAUGGACGAGAAAAGCCACUUAGUGGAAAGUCCACCACUUAAUUCCGCUUAUAAUUAUCACUAUUAUUUCGCUUUCGACAACGAUAAUCCUAGCAGUAUGCGGGGCGCUCACAUAUGAAUCCGCUCUUAUUUCUCUUAUCAGGCGAAUCUUGUGACGGACUGACGUGUGAGUACCAUGAUCGCUGUGUGAACACUUCGCAUGGUUAUGUCGAAUGUAGAUGCCCUCAACAUACUUGCCCUAACGGCAGAGAAAUCAUUUGUGGCACCGACGGCAAAACCUACCUGAAUAUGUGCGUAAUGAGGAAAGAAGUAUGUCGAGUACAGCAGCGGAUAGAGAAGAAAGACGAAGGUCGCUGCAGCGGUAAGAAGUUUCUCUUCUAAAAGUGAGUGUAGUGGAAAGAGGAAUGUUGGCAAACUGACGUCCUUCCUCCUUCCACUCUCGGCGUCUACUCUAUCAAUGACUUGCAGACUUGGUACCCAGUUCUUGCACGUUUCUUUUCAACCUUGCAUCGACGGGAAAGAAGAGGACUGGGUACAGUCUAUUGGUCGAGGGGGGUAGAUAAAGUAGGCUACAACCGUUGGAUGCUUUCGGAAUUAAAGCAGCUACUUCAUAAUAUUUUGAGUCCUUGAAGAAGGGUAAAAAAAUCUGUUGAAAUGAGCUAGCGGGUUACACCAGAGGUGAAAGAACAAACAAAAAUUUUACGUUACCCGGAAGAUUUCGGAAAUUAUCAACCACCGUUGCUUUCAGAAUUAAGAAGUCGAAAGUGUAACCGUGGAAUAGUUGAAUUUAGUUUCGAAUCCACCUGUAGUAAAACACCUAGCUUUCCUUCUGCUUCACGCAACCCAAGCCCUUUGUAUGAGGUGGAUGGGAAGAACUCUGUAAGAAAGACCGAGAUUCCGCAUCGGCUUUUUCGGGUAGUCAUGUUGCAGAGGAAGCCUUUAUUUUCUGUUUUAACCACAGAAGUUAAACAAAAUGUUCAAAAUGAUUCUCAAUAGUUUUUUCGAACCACACUUUUUAAAGGCAACUCCUAAAUCUUUGAGAGUCCAGCCUCUCGGCGCGAUACAGGACCUUCCGGCUAGUUUACAGUUCUUCGUCUAAAAUCGUGAAAACUUAGCGACAGGGGUGUAAUUGAGAGGAUUGCUAUGACCACUCGAAAAUCAACAUUAUUUAGGUGACGCCGAUAUCUUUUGAGCUCCAAGAUAUUUUUUUUAGUUCUAAACUUCAGAGGCAUACUGAAAACUAAGUGACAUUCGGCUACUUGGUAAACAGCUCAAGACUCUUAAGCUGUUUACCAAGUAGCCGAAUUCAGUAAUACACUUUACUGAACCAAAGAAACGUUAAUUUUCGUUACGGUUUUACUUUUCCACUCACAAUCAUGUCAAUGAAUGCAUUAUUUCUGUAUCAAAAUAAUCGAGAGGUAACAGAUGUACCGUAUCCCACGCUCAUAAUGUUUCAUGGGUAUUAAUUUUAAAAAUCUUCUUUCUUGAGGGCAACUUCAAAGCGGUGAUGAAGUAACAAAGAGUUAGUUGUCUCAACAAAACAGUUGUGCCUCAACCUUUUGUUCAUAGAACCUUGACAAAUGUAAUAAACCAUUAUUCAGGACAUGCUUAUUUGCAAGAAAAGAGCGCUAAAUGUUGAAAUAUACUUUUUAAAUGGAACUUAAAACCUUCAUGUAAUGCAAAGUUUUUUUUUUUUACCAGUGAUGACUUUCAAAAAGAAGAAAUAGCUAGAAAUCUAUAGAGAAAAAUUGUUGUUUCACUUUUAAAAACCGGAAUUUGCUGUUCAAAAAUCUGCGCAAGAAUAGAAAUUGGUGAUCUACAAAAAAUCCUGUUUCGGAUACAUUUGUGAGUCUUUUUUUAUUUAGUGUAAACCGAAAUCCUCUCACUUUGUAAUCCUCUUCUGUUGAUACUUAUCGCUAAUUGUUGUACACUAAAGAGAAUUUAUACAUAUUUUUUGAGUUAUCGAUAGCUUAAGUCCUGGAAACUUUAGUAGCUUUUAGUUUCCAUUAAAAGUCGACGUUGCUUGCAUCACGUUUGUGAAAUUAACAAAUCCCUCCGGCAAUAUUUAAUUCGGUUGGAAAUUGUCCAUAAGGGAAAAUCGAACGAGUUAUUGACUUUUGAAGAAAGUGCUUCUCUUCAAAGUGUUUGAAAAGUGCUGUCAUAACAAAGCUCUGAAAUCUGUCGUGUAUGUAAUCUUAAUAUAGGGAGUAAGUUUUUUAAGAAACUGUGGUGCUGCGUCGGUGGGAGAGUAUAUCAUGGUAAUUUCGUAUUAUCAACUGAGUUGAUGACGUAAAUUGGCCAACGUAAAGAGUUUUAAAGGACGUUUCGAACGUUCGCACGUCUGUCGGGUAUAGAACGAUUGUUUUUGAAAGUACCGACUCGUGGGAUACUCUGGGUAUGUUUACGUGAACAAAGAUUUAAUUUUACAACUCGUCGCGUGUGAAAUUGUGAUUUUAUUGAUUUUAAAGAGACAAGAAGAAGUCUUAAGUACAACUCUUCUUUUUCUUGCGGAGAUUUUUGUUUCAACAAGAAAGUGUUUUCUCAUUUCCUUUUGUAUGCGCAAAUUUCCGUCAGUCAAUACUGGACCACAAAGUUACACGAACAAACUUCUGUCUUCAACCCAGUGUAAUUUUUCACUAGAUUUCAGUCGUAAACAGAAUAACAAAGCUAAUUUAUCUCGAAGUCUUUUUAGAUUUUUUUCAAAGUUGUUACACUUUUUCAUACUAGGAAUAUUUGAAUGGAAAAAAAAUUCGAAGGGAAAGGUCAUGCAAGAACUAACCACAUUUCUAACAACACAAGAAAUCUAAGCUACUUACUGUAAUAAGAUUGUUUUUAUCUAUUCAAUUACUAUGUCUAAAAAAUACUCGAGACGAUAAUUAUUUAUGGAGGCUCUCCGGCUUUCAAAACACAAACCGCAAAAGGAACGCGCAUACAAUCAUUCAGUAAAUAAUACUGACUAAUUUGGAAGCACCUUGGAAAGAUGUUUAUAUUAAUGCGGUUUGUGUGGAGUUAUUAGAAUUUGCUGUAUGCAUUUCAAAUGGACUUUUUUUUAUUUAUCAUCUUAGUUUCAUCUAGAUCUGGUCAGCUAGCGUAGUUUAACCUUUAAGGCUUUCAAUUGAUUAAAUAAACCUUGACAAAACUUUCAUUAAGAAUUUCUGUUCCACUUAAUGUGGGCCUUGUAACAGAAUGCAUAAGAAUUCAAUCCUUUACACUCUGAAGAAUUCUUAGUUCGUAUUUUAAAUGCUUUACUAAGUUAAUGAGCAGAGAAUGAAAAAAAAAGUGAUAAAAAGUUUCGGAUAUUUAAGGUGAUGCACAAAACUGGGCUUAGCUUGAGUUGGUAUUGUGAUAUUUGGCAAUUGCGCAAAAUCACUCCUCGACCUAGUUGGUUACAAACUGAAAGGAAUUCCUACUGAUGAAUAUUUCAUUUUCAAAUCUUUUGUAGACAUAAAAAAACAAGAAUUAUUUUAGUAUUGUUUUCCGUCGGAGUUCAGGAUUUGUUUGUACGUAUUCCAAAUACUUACAUUGUCUGACAAUGUCUGCGUUUUCAUUGAGAUUUUAGAUCAAGUGCAGUGACGCACAUCUUUUGCUAUUGGUUCCCAACUCGUUAGUUAGAAAAGUUUUGCAUUUGUGUUUUUAUUUGAUGUAAUUUGAACAAAACAAGAACUGCUCAAGAAGCUUAAAGCGAGCUCCUGUGCUGUCUGAGCCGCUUAAAAACCGUUGUUUUGAGGCUCUAGUUUGAAAUCAGGCGCUUAAAGAUAGCGUUAAGUGCAAUUGACACUUUGUUUGUAGCGUUUCAACAGCAUUAGUGUUGGAAGAUUCUCUCAAUCGGCAGUGCAAAUUAAAAACUGCUUUUUGUGUUUCCGAAAGAAGUUAAUUAGCAUUUUGAACAGCGAUCGUUCAGAUCACACAUGAAUAAAUUAUAAGGUUUCAUCUGCAUUGAAACUACAUACAAUACAGGUGAUUCACGAGAAACUGACAAAACGUUCUCUGCACGAAGCAACGUGCAAAGUUCGUCGCGCUGACUCAACUUUAUGGCAGCAACUCCUUCGCGGUUUGAAGCCGGCACGUAACGAGAAGUGAAGUAGCAUAGCGUUGAUAUUUUUUUUUAUGUGAAUCAAGAAUCCAUCCUAAAUGUAAUUAGUUUUGUGAUCUUCUCCGCUGGCUUAAUUUAUCGACAAAUGAACUUAACUCCGUACUCAGAAGUACUGGUGUUUCUCCUCAUUUAUUUUGCUGGAGUUUCCCAUGCAAACCGUUUCAAGAGACGACACAGAAAAGUAGACGGGCUUGCCAAAUUAGAAGGUUGGUUCCCCGUUUUUAUUUGCCGUGAAAUCGUGCACUGUUCCUGUUAAUGUUUUUGAUGCACGCUUUGGCAACCAAAAUGCGCGCUAAAACAAGUAUUCGAAAAAAUUAUAAUAUAAGUUAAUAUAUCGACCGCUUCUUUUCCCGCAUGCAGUUUAUAAAGGUUUAUUUUACUCCAUCUUUUUCAGAAGUACAUUUUGUGUUUUUAAAAUCUUGUUACGAGCUGAAAGAAAUUUUGCAAAGACGGCACAAAGGGAAGUGUUAAUUUUUUUAUUUCACAAAUUCAAAUCCGCCGUAUUUUAUGUUUCAUUAAACGUGUUUCAAAUGUUUCAAAAUUUACAAUGUAAAUUUUCUUUCCAAUCGCAAGUAGUGAUUGUUUUAUUAUUUUUCCCUUAAAAAGAAUCAUUUUAACAUCCUUAAAUCGAGAAUGGACAUUCACCGUUUCUCGACUUUGAAUUAAUUUCUUUGGACCGCAAUUUUUAAGAUUAGACUCAGUUUUCAUUGCUCGCCCCAUACAACAUGUUUUCCUUAUUUUGCUUUCUUCUAAGAUUUGUGUACUUUCAAAAUAAUUUGUGCUAGUUGUCCGAAAUAUUUUUUUUUUUCCACGCUAAAAAUAAAUUUUCGUUUUGAUGCAUGAGAAUAGCUGUGAUUACCUUUUUAUCGAAGGACGUUUAUCAUGUGGUAAAUUUGUUCGUGUUGUGAAUUGAAAGUAUAUGUACGAUUCGGCCGCCUGCUCCGACUUCCUUAUUUAUGUUUGCUUUCGGUUAUAAAAGCAUGAAUAGAAGCACUCGAUAUUUCUCAUUUAAAUGGUCUGUCCAACGCAAUUCAUCCUUCGCUGCUCAGUUCAAAUUCGAAUAAGCUUCGUGAGCAAUGAUUAAUGGACUGUGGUAUUUUUAUUUUCCAACUUUUCAUAAGCAAAAUGAAGUACGCCUUUAUUCGUAGGCGAAAGUAAAGAAAAGGAACUGAUUACCACCCAAGUCUAAGUUUAACUUUCACUGUACGCUCUUGUUUUUAGUUGAUAAUGAGCUUAACUCACAAUAAUUCCGUAUCGGACAGAAUGCGUAUGUACCAGUCGGUGUGGAAAUUUUAAACAUGGUUAAUUUGCUUUCAUAGUUAUCGAUCACUUGCAAGCAAAUAACAGGAUGUGUCAAGAAACUUCAAAAAUGUUUACCAAAAUAACGAAAAUCCGCUUGGCUUGUUUAUCAGUGCUAAUAAAUAAAUCAAAAGGAAAAUCUGUGAUGGUCAAUCUCUUCAGUUUCACCAGAAGCUAUUUUAAGGAAAACCUGUGAUGGUUAAUCUCUUCAGUUUCACCAGAAGCUAUUUUUAAAUCGAUCGUUGUCUGCCACAUAAUCGUGCCACGUUGCAUUCGUUCACCUUACACCGAGCAGUGUAAGGCAAUCUUUUGAAAUAAAACAUCUGAAGAUUUGAAUAGGACUGGAUAACAAAACAAUUCAUUUGAAAAUUCAAGCAAAGUUGGACAAAAAGGAACGUAAAAUGUAUGGAUGGUCUCUGAGUUGUGGAGUAAGAUUUUAGCUAGGGGGCGGGGCUGCGUUUCUGUUCAAUUUUCAAGGAGUCUUUUGCUCGAUAGGUUAAAUGUUCCAAGCAUUUUAUCAUCAGUUGUGGUAUAAAUUUUACAUUCGUUAUUAAUGACAAAUUUCGGACAAUGCACUGAUAUUAAUAUUUUCCGUCCUCAAUCAGAUUUCCAAGUUCUCUGUUCAUAGUUGCCGGCCCACAAGCCGUUCCCAGGUUGCGUUCUACGUUCCCGAUUUCCUGUUCCUCUUUUUUCCAUGUCAAAUAAUCGAUCUUCUCCAUUCCAUUUUCCUAUUUUUCAUACCCAUUUGUCAUACCAUUGUUUCGAUUUUUGGACUGGCUUUACAUUUAGUUGCCUCUGAGGGUAGACUUUGAUUCAAAUCCUGAUCCUAGUUGGAUUUGAUAUUUCACCGUCAUUGAAUACGAGAUUGUAAGAAUUUGCAAAACCGAAGCGUCUUGAAAACCUUCGUCAAAAUUUUUCAAGCUCGCAAUCCGAGCUAAUCUUCUGUAUCCAUAUUUCAUCUUUGCGCUAUCUUGGUUUGUGCUUUCCUUUUUAAUGUUUGGCUAACUUACCGUAGUAAUAUUCUGUAGUUAUCCUCAGAAUAAGGCAAUUUGUGUGUAUUUAGAAAACUGCACGGAAACCGGUGAAGAAAGGAGGGUAUCACAAGGAUUCAUUGAGAAAUCAAAGAUGAGAGUUGGAGCCGGUGAAGUACGCGGGAAAACGCGGAUAACCACGUCGCGAUAGGUUAUAGUCUUAGUUCUGAUUGGUCGAGAGGGUGACGAGAGGUUUUUUGACCAAUCAGAGAGCGAAGUAAAGCAAAACCAAUGCAAUAAGGGGUCGACACUCCAUUUAAAAACUGCUUUGAGACUAAACAAAAGCAGUGUUGGUGACUUACCGUGAGUUAGAGCGAAAAGAUACCUUACGUGUUGCUCUAUGCAAUCCUUAGGUGGACUAUUUCCCGAAGCAACGCAUUAUUUGCCAUUCAGUGACGUUUCUCAGGAUAAAAGGGUGAAGGAUUUACGAGGAAACAUCACCGGUGACGUUAACAAUGGAGCGAAGCAGUCGACCAAUGAUCAAAUUGGAGAAGUACUGACACUAGAUGGUAAGGAUGACUUCAUCGAACUGACGGGUUUCAAAGAGAAAUGCAUUGUGGACCCUUCUUCUUGCAAAGAAGGUUUGUCGGUGGCAUUUUGGAUAAAAUACAUCAAAGGUAAGAAUCCUUAAAUGGUAUGGUCCGCGUAGUAGUGUUUUCUGUGUCCAUUUAUCCAAAUGAGCAGGAGUUGAGCAAAGGCAUGCCGGGGAAGGAAGACAAAAACUUGACUCAGGGGGGAGGGGCAAAUGGAAAUGAUAGUAAUGGUGUUGAAAGGCAUUUGCUCUCUCACAUAAGAAAAGGUUGUAAAAUUAUUGUCUGACAGAAUAUAUAAUAUUUUUCAUAGUCUUUGAGUAGUAAAACUUGUUUUGGUCCACGAUCGAGAACAAUGCUCCUCCUUCUUAGAUUUAUCCAGACUACCGCACAAAACUCAUUCGUGUUAGGUUCUCGUUAGCAAAAUGGAUGUCACUUUUGUUUUUUUGUUCAGUUGUUGUUCGUCGCCAUCUUCGUUUGUUUGUUUGUGUGAGGGCUUUUUCUGUUUGCCCGCUGUGUCCAUUUAUCAAACGUUGAUUCGUAGGUUCGUCAAGCUGCUCUCAUUUUUAUUAGUUUGUCCUUCUGUUCGUUUAUUUGUUUGUUCUUGAGUUCGUCAGCUCCUGAGUUCGUCAGUUCCUGAGUUCGUCAGUUCCUGAGUUCGUCAGUUCCUGAGUUCGUCAGUUCCUGAGUUCGUCAGUUCUUGAGUUCGUCAGUUCUUGAGUUCGUCAGUUCGUCAGUUCGUCAGUUCGUCAGUUCGUCAGUUCGUCAGUUCGUCAGUUCGUCAGUUCGUCAGUUCGUCAGUUCGUCAGUUCGUCAGUUCGUCAGUUCGUCAGUUCGUCAGUUCGUCAGUUCGUCAGUUCGUCAGUUCGUCAGUUCGUCAGUUCGUCAGUUCGUCAGUUCGUCAGUUCGUCAGUUCGUCACCUCGUCACUUCGUAAGUUCGUCAGUUCGCUAUUUCGUCAGUAAGUCACUUCGUCAGAUUGUCUGCUCGUCAGUCUGUCAGUUUGUUCGGCAGUGCGUAUGUUCGUUGCUGAGGCAGUUCGACAUUUUAGUUUGUCGGUUAGUCGGGUUCAAAGGAAAUCUUUUUGAAUUCCUACAUUUGAUUUUCAUUCGAUUCUAUUCCUACAGUUUAUUUUUUCAUUGUAGGUGAAUUCAUCAUUUCAAGUGGACAUUACACCUUAAGUUCGCUCGGCCCAGGCUACCGCUUAAUUUGUGAAAACUGUGGACCCCACUUGACGUCGUCAAGGAGAUUUGUCUUGGAACUUUCCAACCAUUCGCACAGGUGGAGAAUACUUCUCGACUCUCUUCCCAAAUGGUGGUUUCAUUUCGCCUUUACUUGGAGUCGAGAGCAUGGUCUGAAGUUCUACAAGAAUGGUAAAUUAGCCGUGAAGAGCCAAAAGCCGGAUUUUUUAAGGAAUGGAAGAAAUGCUAAAGACAAAAUGACUAUUGGAAAACCCAACUCCUUGACUAAGAUUUACUCGUAUGGAGGGUUCAGCAUCGGGCACUUUACUAUUUGGUCAUACGAGUUGUCUUGGGAUAAUGUUGAAUUGGCUUUUUUGUCUGCUCUAACGGAGACAACGUCUUCAAUAAAAUGCUGUCAUCAAAUGAAAGGUAAUGUGCGAAGAAAACGUAUCUACCUGAGACUAUUCGAAUUGACCGAUGGAAUGAUUGACAUGCUGACAGACCAACAGACUGACGGACUGACCGACUGACAAAUAGACAGAUUGACAGACUGAGACAGACUAAUGAGGAAUGAGACUGAAAGACAGAUUAACUGAUGACUGAUUCACCAACUGAAUGAUUGACUGACUCACCCAUGCAACCACUUACCCACUGACUCACUCACCCACGCGUCCUCUUACCCAUUUACUCGCACAUCCACUCACCCACUAGCGCACUCACCCACUCGCGCACUCACCCACUUACGCACUCAUUCACUAACCCACUCACCCUCCAACUCACUCACUCUCGCAUCCACUCACCCACGCAUCCAAUCACUCGCUCACCCACUUACCCACUUAUGUACUACCCUCUCAUUCUCUCACCCUCUAACCCACUCACCCACGCAUCCACUCACCCACUCACCCACUUACCCACUCACCCACUUAUACACUCACCCACUUAUACACUCACCCACUUAUACACUCACCCUCUCACUCUCUCCCCCCUUUUGCCCACUCACCCAUUCACCCACUUACCCACGCAUCCACUCACCCACUCACCCACUCACCCACUCACCCACUCACCCACUCACCCACUCACUCACUUCCUCACGCACUCACUCGCUCACAGUCCGAAAACAGACGGCGGCUGACAUGGUCCAUUGUUUCCUAACAAAGUAAUGAAAGAAAUCAUAAUAUCUAGCUUAGUUGAAACAUUUACAUCUUAGAUAUCUUAACGGGUCAUCCCUUUGUUUCCAUAGCUGAUCCUUGCGUAAAGAAUCCUUGUCACAAUGGUGCAACUUGUCAGCGGUUGGAAGACAGAUAUAAAUGUAUCUGCCCGAGUAUCAGCCUGAACGGAAUCUGCCCGCUUGCUCCUGGUAACCAGUUUAUAUAGGCAUAUUUAUUACCUAUUGUUGACAGGGGACAUGGAGUUUAUUGGUUUCACGUUGGACUCUGGAUGGAGAUUUCCGGCUUCGAGCCCAAAUCGGGUCACUGUGUUGCGUUCUUUGAUAGGUCACUCUCCUUUCACAAAAUCCCUUUCCAUUCCGGAGUAUUUAUGGAUUCCGGUAAAAUGUGCCUCAAAUUGUUGGGGAGGGGGGAGGAGGGAGGAGGGGAGAAGAAUGGUUUCUGUGAUAAUCUGCAAAGGAGUUGAAGUUUCUCUAUGCAACUUUGCCCAAAUGUCAAUUCUCCUCGCUCUGUAAUGGGCAUUUUCUGCGCUCUUUGUAAUGCAAUUAUCUCGUGCGCAUUUCUCCCAAGAAAAGUUACACUGGAAUGAUCGACGUUUAUAACUGGAGUGAUUCCUUUGGUUUCCUUUCAGUGCCUUGUGAAGACAAAAUCGCUGAUUGUUCCCAGUUCAUUCAACAAGAUGGAUAUUGUAAGAAUCACAGAAGAAAAAUGAGGAGCAUAUGUCCAAAAGCCUGCAACUUUUGUAAUGGUGAGUACAGGCGCUAAGUAGAAGUGUACUCGCGUACUUUGCGUGCGAGAGAUCAAACACUUGGGAGAGAACUUCUUCUGUCUCGCGUGUGAAUUAUCCAAAACUACGGCACGAAUACGACAAAUAUUGCAAGAGCUUUCACUAUGUACAGGAGUAUCCUGGGUCUUUACUUAAGUCGCACUUCUGUUUCACUCCUAUACUAAAACCAUGAACUCGCUUUAUUUUCCUGAAAUUCUCUCAAAAGGGGUCCAAUAACUAACUGUAUUGAUUCGAUUUGGCCGCCCUCGUUCCAAUGCCCCCUCUCUGAUAAGCGCCCCUCUCAUUCCAAUAAGCGCCUUUAUUCUGUUUCAGUGAUAGCACUGCUACAGUACAUGUACCUUGAGAUCAACCAAGUUUCAUCUUCCUUUAAGCCACUCACUUUAAGCCUCGUUACAAAAACAAUGGACUUCGUCACAUUCUUUCAACUGUUCUGUCCACGUGAAUGCACAGUUCCUUCAAAUGAAUGAUCUCUCUUAAAAUUUUAUGACGAUCGCUUGGUUGGUCGCUCUAGCAAGGAAGAAUCCAGGGACAACAAGUCCGUUUUCCAGUCCUAUUGAUCCUUUUCAAAUAAACAUCAGAGCUAUUCCCGCACUUUCUGCUGUUCCUCAAAAAAGAAAUAAGCCCCCCCCCUGCCCUGAGGUAGAAAAAGGAGAUAAGUGUCGUGGGCGCUAAUUCGAAUCUUUACGGAAUUUCAAAACGCCUCUCGACGAGUGCCUCAUAGAACUAUCCCUGCAAGGAUUGAUAUAAUUAAAAUCAAUUUUUCAUAACAAACCUUUUAAUGUGAUUCCAUUAGAGCCCAGUUGCAGAAAACGCUAUCCGACGGAUAACUCACUAUCCAGCGGAUGAGUUUCAACAAAAUGUGCUGUGUUGUCCUCCGGAUAGAUUUAUCCAGUAUAUAGCGUUACAUACAUACAUACAUAGCAUUAUUCGACUUAAAACAACCGGGGCCUGACAUUUAUGCAAAAGCGAUAGUCUCCUUUGACUUAGUUCAUUUAUUUGUUUCCAAAGAUUAGUAUUUCUCGUAUUUGACCUUUAGGGGUGAAACAAAGUGCAAAGCCCAAAAAAACCGUUUCAAACUAAGACGGUUCUCUCUGCUGCUAGCUCGCUCAUCUUGUCUCGUACUUCGUUCGCUCGUGUCAUUUGUGCUAUUGUAACAGUCGGUAAAAUUUUUGUCGGACCAUAGGCAUGUUGAGAUAGUUCAUGUCUGUAUGCACCACAUAUGCAUAACGAGGACCCUACACAACAGUCAAUAAUUUUAAGUUAGUUUAGAGGAGGGACUGGGUACGGGGAGGAAAACGAAAUUGGAAAAUUGGAAAAUUAGAAAAUUGGAAUUGGGAAAGUGGGAGACUGGGAAAUUGGGAAAUUGGGAAAUUGGGAGACUGGGAAAUUGGGAAAUUGCCAAAUUGGGAAAUGGAAUUGUGACGUGAAAUUGGGCAAUAGAAUUGGGAGAUGCUGAAGACUUCAGCUUUAAAAUGUCAAAAUUCAUCGUUUAGAAUUAAUGUUUAGAAUUAGUUGUGUACCCUAUGUAUAGUGAAUGAGUUUUAAUUUUGUUUUGAGAAACGUUGUCUCUGGCUUGAUAGGGAAACGUUUGCAAAGAUUUUUAAGGUAGAUGUGAACCUUUGUCAUCUUAACUGAGUUUGUAAAAGAGGGGAUAAUUUCAGGACGAAUGAUUUGCUUCGUUUUAUCUCAAAUUUGUGCCAGAAUCGAGCUGAAAAGUCUGUGGCUAAACUUAAGUUUUCGUCAUAAUUAAGAUGCAUGUUGAGUAAUCCUAAUGUAUGUUUUGACGUCUAACCGCUGACUAACAAACCCUGCUUGUCACUUACCGACUAACUUUCUGUCCGGGAGGGACUGUCAUCAGAAAAAAAAAUCGUCCCUUUCGCCUCACUGCUUGCGUUUCCAAUCUACCAGAUCAGUUCCGCAACUUUCAUCAUCCCAGGCUUUUAUUUUGAUUCACUCCAUAGACAAUUUCGUAAAAUUCUUUACCACACUGAUUUGUGUUCUCAGCGCAUGUUCGCCUUCUCUCUCGAUUCCAUAUCAAGCCAGGGAUGGCGUGAAAUUCCGUCCCUAUUCCACCCCCUCAGUCCACGUUUGUCACAUUUCACUGUGACACUGGCCCCAAAAGUCCUUGCUGUCACGUGACGCUUCUAAACAUUAAAUAGUAAUCCCAAUUUCACGUCAUUUAUUUUUGUUUGGUUUUGUGUUAUCGACUGUUUUGUUCCAUCACGUUUGUUUGUCAGUUUCUAUUGUUUAUUGUAUAUGACAGUCCUUCACACAGUAACAUGACAUUCACGUGACCAUAUCUCAAUACAGUAACCAUUUACAUUACUAACUGUUCAGAUUAAAUUAAAUACUUCUAUUUGCUAGUUCUUUCGCUACUCAACUCCGCUCUUACUUCUGCAGUGAUUACUCAUUUUCAAUCAAAAACCUGUGCGGUUUUCAGUCACAGCUUUUUUCCUGCAGUGCACGUUAUACAUAUUUGGAGGUGAAUUCUUCUUCAAAAUCCUUUUCUUCCUCUUUUCGUUCAGCUUCUUCCAUGUUUUCCCCUCCUCAUCCAUUUCAUCCGUUCUUCGUUGUGCUCGCUUUUUGUCUUCACUUUUUCUUCUUCCUCCGCCUUUUCUUCUUUUGCACCAAUUCUUUCUCGUUCUCAUAUUUUCUAUCUCCUUCAGGCGCUCAUUUUUCCACUUCUUUUAAUUUCUUUGUCAUGAAGGUACAUUUACCAUUGGUUUCCCUCUUUCCCUCCUCUAAUCUGCCCAUCUCUUUACGUUUCUUUUCAUUGUGAACACUUCUGUCUCGUUUAUAUUCUCUCUCUUUCCUUUCCUUACCCUCUCUAUGCAUAUUUUCUUUUAUUUUCGUAAGUUUCUUUUCAUCUCUUGAUUGAUAAAUCUUGCUUACCUCUUUUUCCUUUGCCGUCGCCGUCUUCAUUUUUCCUCAUCCUACUUGAAAAAGUGUGAUCCUACAUGUAACUCUGUAAAUCUUACAACAGUGCGGCUUCAACUCACGUCACUGAAAUUUUCAUCAUGAACGUCGAUCACAAGCGGUUUUUUUCGUAUAGAUAUGUUACCUUCAGGCGCAGAGGAAUCACAUCUGAAUACACAACAGAGAACGCAAACAAACCUUUUUUCACAAAAUCCAAGCUAAAAAUACUAUUUAAUUGAAGAUCCAUUUAAGAGUAGGAGGUUUUUUCAACCUUUAUUUCGCCCUAUCGAAAAUGCACGCUCUUGAAUUGUUCAGAAACUGAACAUACCAUACACGGUAACAGAAAAUCGUGCAGCUGCUGCAUAUUACGUUGGAGGACUAUAAAAUUUGUCAAAUGCAAGUUGUAUGGCACACUUUAGAUUUAAUUAGUUCAACCUAAAAAUUUUAGAGAAAGAGUGUCAAACCUUCAAUAAAACGUACAGUGUAUGCUCACUCCUGCAAAAUCGCCAUUAGAACUUGAGUUUUUGAUACGAAGAUAGACGUAACGAGUGUGUGUGGCUAUGGCUAGAUUCGCAAGCUCGAAAUUCAUUACAAAUCUUAUGUAGCGCCUUCUGGUCUUCGUUAAUUCAUUUCUUUCAGUUUCGAGUUAGCAAUCGGUUUCGUAAUCUUGUUUUCCAAUAUUCUUUGAAUUCUGCGUGUAAUUUCUUAGUCUAUGAAAUAUCUUUUUGUAAUCAGAUAUAAUUACUAAGAAUUGUUCGCUGUGAAUUUAUUGUUUUGUCUAGAACUUGCAAAAGCCGCAAAAUAAAUUUUCCAAACGAACGGUUCUCUCUAGAAAUAAAUAGAUGAUCAAAAUUUGUGUCCUGAAUUUCGGUGAAUUUCGAUACUUUAGGAUAUAAAUAGUACAUUUUACUAGUUUAUUGUUUCAAAUGUUUAUUUUUUUUUCUUUUUUCUCACAUCUUUUAACAUUUUUUCUGGGUCUUUUCAAAUACUCUACAAUGUGUUGCAUUAAAGCAGUCAAAUUAGACGUUAUAGUGGUUGUACUAUUCUAUCAGUGAAUCUUUUGUUACCAAAAUAGAACAUUUCAUAUUUCCAUUAGGAGAAGUGUAAGAAUCAAUUACUGCAUCUCGCAAAAGUUUAAGAGACAAAUUCUUAAAGCACACGAUCCAAUUUAGAUAGGGGAAAAGACUCGAGGUUUUAGAGGUAUGCAUCGAGGGAAAAUUACAAUUUAAAUGAAACAGAUUGCCCAGUUGAGCCAAAAUUGAUGGGCUGUCGCCGUGCGGAUAAUUUGCGAGUAGCAUAUUUUGGUCACGAACAACCCUUAUCUCUCCGAAAUGUUCUUAAAUUCUGUUAUUUAGAUCUUGGAGAUUUCCUCGCUAAAUGGAUGCUUUCAAAGUUGAAUUUUAAACAACAAAACCCUAAGGGCUCGGUACAAAAUAAAUUACUAGUUUUAGGAAAUAUAUUUCAGUUUCUACUUGAUGUCGGGCCCUAGGAAAUGAGCUAAAAAAAAUUAGCCGCUGUCAAUACUCGAAAAGAAAAGAAAUUUUAAUCGGAAUUUUAAACCAUGACGGCUAAGAAAACUCAUGCGAUGAGGGUAUCCUUCGACAAAUUUAUUUAAAAAUGACAAAAAAUUGAAAUGUCAGUUCAAAAUGUUUACAAAUGAGACGAGUAAAUUUAUUCCUAAAUCCCUAGUGUUGUUUCGUGCACCGUGUAUGAAGAAAAGAAAGAUGAAAUUGCUUUCCUCUAAUUUUCAAUGAAAUUUGUCGACAAUUUGCCUUCUUAUGUUCUGAUAAUGUGAUAAUAACUCAUGGCGAAUUUAAAUAAACUAAUAUUAUGAAAAUAGAUUUUAAUUACAUCGGGAGUUCCACGAAAAGAUCUAAAUGCAUUUUUAAAAAGGAUUUAAACGAAGUAGAAAUUUGUCAAAAUAGGGUCAUUCUGCUAUCUCCCAGAGAGAAUCUUUCAACUUAUUGUUUUCUUUGCGAGUUCUUAAAGAAGUUUUUACCGAAUGAUAGCAACAAAUUCGUUUUCUAAGUUGUGAAAGAGUAUCCGCCCUCGCGUUUGGCAUAAAGAAAAACUGAAUAUUUAAUAAAACUAGUAAAUCAUUUUUUUUUCGAAUUUCCGCAUGUAUAUUUGUCUUGUUUUUCCGGUCCGUGUGGUUUCUUGUUUGGUUAUAAAACUCCAUUAUCUCUGCAGCAAUCACAAUUAAGAGAUUUUAUUGGCAGGGAGAAAAACGCUGAAGGCAACUAAAAUCAUAAGAUGAAAAUUACUUCGAUGUGAAAUGCAGUCGUAAUCAAGGGAGCUGUUUCGAUGUCGCGAAGCAUGUUAUUGGUCAAAAUGAAGUCGCCACCUGUUCUAAGAAUUAGUCGUGUCAAUCAGUAUUGUUUACUUUCCAGUGUGUUUGAAUAAGAGGAGACGGUUAAUAACUCGAUAUUGUGUUGGCAGUGUUUUUCUGUACUAAAGUUCAGCUAUUGUAUCAUUUUUCGCGGCGGGUGAAAUGCACCGGUUUUCAAUGAAGAGCUAGAGUGUGUACUUUCACGCAAAUUUGGUGUCAACGAAAAGUUAAGAAUGUUGAAGUAAGCAGCAAGAUACUUGGAUAUGUUGUCCUUGAAAACUGUACUAAGUAAGAAGUCAGUUUGCGCGUGGGAAGUCGUCCGAAGCUGUUGUUUGUGCGGAUUUAUCUUCCUUGUUCUGUUGCCGAUUUCUGCUUGCGAAUCUUCCAGCCUUACUUACGCGAAUAUUACUGAUACCUCCAUUCUUUUGCCACUGCAAUCUGUGCUUUUUACUUCAAAGCCAACUCUCUCUGGCGUAGUACCUCGACAAAGUGUUCGUUCGUCUCAAGAGCUAUCAGGCUUGGAAACUGUUAUUAAUUCUGUUAACGAUGGAUAUAUUUCUCAAUUUGGUGUCCUCACAGGAGGCUCCGAAAAACCAACACGCUCAACGCAAGUGUCGUCGUCCGCGAGUUUUAAAACGAAUGUUCGACUCUCAGAAGCAACACCACGCAGUCAAAUUGUGGGAGAAACACUUCAAAGUGAAAACCGCAGCGCUCAGAGUACAAGAGAAGGAGGUGAAAUUUCUAUUAAGUCAAAAGCAUCGUAUACGAAGCAUCGAUCAAAAAUGGCAUCCAUUUUGAGCUCGAAACCCGUAGAAGCAAGCGACAUGAGAGACAGCAGCCGCUCACGAUCAGGAUAUGAAAUGAUCAGCACAUUUGAUAAGAGAGUUAUCAUUAGCACAAAAACAUCAUCUUCGCUCAGUGAUUUUAAAGGUACUACAGUCAUGUCUAUCACACCAACGUUUUUAUUUCAGAGUUCUUUUAAGCAGCGUCGUAAUUUGUCAGAAAUCGCGGGGUUUUCGUCAACGAUAUUGCGCCCUCAUGAAAAAUUCACUGCCUUGAUUUCCGCAUUGACCUCCAAUUUGCAUGUUACAGAUAGCUUGCUUGGCAAAAGUGAUUUAUCACCGGGAAAAAAUCGCAGUAAAUCAACAUUUUUGUCGUAUUAUUCUUCAGGUGAUAAGACCCGAACACAUAGCAUGUCGACGGAUCUAAAGCUUCACAAAACUUCUCAACAUUCGUCAGCAUCCAGUUCACAUACCGCGGUCAUCAAAGAGUCUUUAUCAAUCACAAGUGUCACUACGUUUCAAGAUUCAAGUACCCCCAUUCCGAAAGUUUCAUCAUCGAUAACUCUUAUUAAAAGUACCGAUGAAUUGUACGCUAAACUCACUUCGACAUCAAGACAUGUCAAACACACGAACACACCAUCUUUGACAGAAAUGCCUGUGAAUUCCAUCAAAACUACAUCAAUAAUCUCGCUUCCCAUAGCAACAACUCAUUUUUCAUUUACCUCAGCUCAGACGUCGCUUUUGUCUACGGUCGCUGUGCAAGAGAAAGCUCCAUUAACUUGUAACAUAAAUAAUGUCACUUGCGUUUGUUUUAAUUGCGGUGAAGUGCGUCAAAAGGAAGGAAUCUGUUGUAUGGAUCUUGUCGACAAUAGGAAAACUCAACAAGGAGUUCACAUUAAUAUGAUUAACAUUACAGUUGAGAUCUUUUAUCCUAAAGUACAUGUCGUUUCGAAGAUUAUCGAAGGAGUGAUUUGGGAAUCGUGCAUGACGAACUCAUCCCUUUGCCUAGGUGAAGAAAAGUUCUUUGAGGCCAAACGUGUUCGUAAAAAGCGCUUGGCACAAAAUUUUUUCUUCAAUGACGACUCUCUGUCGGAUAUUCUAAGGAUAAAACGAGAUUCAGAAUCGGGUCAUCAUAGCUCACAAAUUCAUGCAUCAUCAGUUAAUAACGGAGCACUUCGUCCUGAUAUUAAACCCUCUAAAAUCAAUAUCACCCGGGUAGAUGUGAUAAUAUACAGUAUUUACUCCGUGGCCGGGAAUCCAAGUGCAGUUGGAACGGCCUUUUACGUCACGGUGACGUCACUUAACAAUGGAACCAAUCACACGCAAGUUCUUGAUGGCAAAGGUUUACUACAAAUUCUCAGGAACAAGAGAAAUGUUCUUGAGAAUAAAUUAAAUAUAACUAUUGACUCAUUCUCAGCUACCAUGUCAUCUAAAAGCUUGACGCCCUCUUCAACAUUGGUUCUUAACCCCUCUGCCCCAAGCAGGAACCUACAGACACCCUUACCCUUCCCUGAAGGUAAGGAAGUUUUCUUUGGUAUAACGUGUUGACUUCGGGAAACGGGAACAGGGUACUGGGUGCAGGUAGUUAGAGGUACCUGGAAUGAAUGAGAGAGUGGAGACAGAAGCUUGUGGUGUAGGCCUAAGGACACUUCAAUUCCAAUAAAACUAUUUAUAGAAAGUCUUUCGAAUAGAAGUCUGUCCCGAAGCGUGCAUAUGAGGUUUGAUCUCGAUCUGAUGUUCAUCUGAUGAGUGAAAGGUAUAAAAUGUCGGAGAGCGAAGACAUAGCAUAUGUUGAUGAAAGAAGGUACAAAGUAGUUCUUGAGCCAAAAUUCUAGGUGUGGUGCGGAGAAACAGACUUUCCUGUCCGUCAAGAAAUUAAAACAACUAUAUUGGAAUGGGCUUCUUCUGGCCAACGCUCUGACUGUUCUUCUCUGUUUCCUUUUUAUCUCCUAUGUCCUCUUGUUGACAUUGUGCCUCGUUUUCAUUUUGUUGUUUCAAUUUUAGUUAAGGAACAGGUCAUUUUUUUAUCGCCUGAGGGAAGGGGGAGGGGGGAGGGGUGGUUCUCUGUAAUAUUCUUCUAAUCCCCACUCAUUGGCAGUUAAUGGCAGUCAGUUUUCCCUAGUCCCCCCACCCCCCAAUACUUUUUUGGCGAAUGAUAAUUUCCCUGUUCUCCCUGAAAACGAAAUGAUCCCUCCAAAUUCCCACCCCCUUCAAGCCUUUAAAAAUGACUGGUUUAAUAGGACCUGUGAUUAUUUGUCUCUUAAAAACAUCUCUCAGAUACUAAGAAUUUCUGUUUGGCAUUUUUCAUACUAUGCUGCGGGGAAUUGAUUCUUAACUUUUUUAGAGUCUCUUACAAUUUUGUACAAGGGCUCGGGUAGGGUAAAUGACUAACAACACUGUUACGUUCUUCAAUAACAUGCGAAGUAUUGAAUAGGUCAUGGAUGAUUGAAAUUGGCUUUUUGUCAGUCCUUGACCAAGCCUGUGGUCAAUCAUGUUUCAGGGGGCUCAAAAUGUCUCGUUCAUAAGUUUUGAUUGGAGGAAGUCGGUCCAUUUUGAUUGUAUCUUUUAAUUGCCUCCACGGCCACGAUUGAUGGCAGAAUGCGUUAAAUCGAAAGGUUGGCUCCUAACUUUAGAGUUAUCAAAUGUUAUUGAAAGGCGCAGGAAGCAGUGAAUACAAUGUGUAGUUUUUCAGAAUGAUGUUUUUCUGUUUCAGAUCCAACCUCCGCCGUGCAGGGAAGCACGGAUGGGGAUGACGACAAAGGUAUUUCCCAGGGCUUGCUCAUCCUCAUUAUCUCCGCAGCUAUCGGGGGCCUGGUACUACUCGUUGUUUUAUCCGUGUUCAUAUUUACUCGCUUUUACAGGUCAGUGGAAAUCCUAAGACGUCUGUGUUGAUAUUGAAGAUGCAGUUUACUCGUUUUUGAGGGGGGUGGAGGAAGGGGGACUGGGUGCCCUAACAGCUCUUCUGCACAAAAAUUUUCAUUAAUCUUUGCUAUUAUAUUUUUGUUUUCGUGUGGGUAUUCCUUUGAUUUCGGUGUUUUGGGAAUACUUUCUUGCUAAACUUUAUCAAUCCAUACCUUGAAAGCCAAGUCAGGGAGUGAAAUUGAGUAUUUCGACACAAACGUGUAGACGGCCGAUUACUCGUGUCCUGGAUUAUGGACAGAAAUAUCUGGGUAAAGGUCCAGUGUCAUUGCGUUAUGUUCUUUAGCAAAACGCCAUACUUUCAUGGUGCUACUCAGCAUCCUGGAGAAUAAAUAGGUACCGAUGAACUGUUAGGUAAAUCUGCAACAUACUGGCGGAGGAGGGGUAGUUUAUACUGUACUAGCAUCUCAUUCAAUCUUUUCUUCAUAAAUGCGAAUAGUUGGUGCACUUGUCGUUGUGUUAUUGCAAGAACUGUAUGUCUUUGUGUCAUCUUAAAAUGUGAUCGAUCCUAAGGGAGGUUUAGGGGACUACGAAACCCUUCCUUCGACUCUAUCAUAGCAAAGUUUUACCCAAUUCUUGUCUGACGCUUAAACGCUGGUAAAUUAUUAUCAACUGGCUCAUUUAAUUUGUGAACCGCAGGUGAAAAGGGGAAGGGGGGAUGUGGGUUAGUCGUGACUCAAUUUUGCCCCCCCCCCCCUUCUCGUUAUCAAGUAUUCCUGGAUCUUCACUUGAAUAUAAAAAUGAAAUAAUGAAUAAGAUACAAUCAAGAAAGGGAUUUGAUUCUGUAUUAAUAAAGUUCAAUGUGACCUCCUUGGGUCGUGGUGCUCUUUAUAUUCUUCCUGUUUAUCCAAUUCCUCUUUUUUUUCAGACAAAGAAAAGGAGAGUUCGUACCAGACAAGAAUUACCCCACCCCUCACAGUAAACAAAAUGGUGAGGCAGUGGAUGUCGACGACGAUGUCGAUAACAUUGCGUCAUUUAAUGACGUCAUAGACCCGUCCACUCCUCGUAUCACAGAUGUUCCUCACAAACCCACCAGGGCCCAGUCUUCUUCAGGAGGGGGUCCAGGCGGCGCUAAAAAAUCAAAGAAGCCAAUGGGAGUAAAAGUCACAUAUAAACCACCCAAGUGGGACUAGUUGAUAAGGCAGGUGAGGUUUGACACGCGACCCAACUAACGUACGUCGCCAGAGCUGACUCCAGUUUCUAUAGCACGAAUAGUCCAUACCAGGAAAUUUUCCUUCCAUGUUGCAUGGUAGGGGUUAAACCCGAAGGCUGCUAGUGUGCAACUGCUAUGUAAUGCUUGGAAGGAAGAGUUCUGGACUGGACUUUUGCAUUAGGGAAUCAGCUGUGUUAUUCUACCGCUUGAAUGCCAGUCCAUCUCAGAUUUCUCCUCCCCUCUAACUCGUCCUGAGUUCAUAUUAGGCGGCUCAAGCUGCUCCGGUAGUGACGCCGUAAAAAAUGGACUUUCGUCAAAGAAUUUCGUCGAAGGUUCGAACGGCGCUAAAGCCUUCCUGCCGUUCCUCGAGAUAGCAUAGCAUGUAAUGACAGUGUUUAGCAACAGAGAGAAACGUAAAUAAUUUGCCUUCAGAAUUCACGUUCACAAAAUACACAAAAUUUGGCGAUAUCACCUUGAUUAUUUGUUAAUCUCCCAAGAAUGGCCAGGAAAUGUAAUAGUUUUAAAACGCAUAUUUAGGGCCGCUUAUUAGAUCCUUUUGUUCUCGUUGUGGUUGGAAUCCUGCUUUGUUUUAACCCUUUAACUCCAAUGAGUGACCAAGAGAGAAUUUCUCUUUACAAUUUCAAUACAAUACUAACCAGAUAAGUGUUGAGAAUAAAGAAAAAUAUCAAUUUGGGAUAAUUAGUUGAUCCAAUACUAAAUUCUCCGAACUAACAUUAUAAGAUUUGUAUUGUUGACAGUAAGGAGAAUUACAAAUUUGAUCUGGGAGUUAAAGGGUUAAGUCUUCCAUCCUGCUUUGAGAGACCCUCUUUAAUGGGCGUGAAAAAUUUUUCUACCGUUCGUUGGAGGAAUUUUCUUUCAUUAAAACUGAAAUUUUCUCAUUGGUCGGGAAAGUUUCCAUGAGAUUUGUAAACCACCCCUCCCCCCCCAUUACCUGUACCUGUGCAUCCAUAGUCCAGCGCCUAAGAAACCUUCUGCAUCUUUCAUGUUUCAUACAUAAAGUUCACAUUUCUCCUUUUUCAGAAAAUGUCAACAGGGAAUGCAAACGAAUACAGGUCAUGUUGCAGAGACAUUUUGACCCCUGAAAGGAUUGGAAAUUUACAAACCAAACUCCGGUCAGCCGGACAGUCCCGUACAUCUUUAGAGAACGCUAACUUAGUUUACCAACCAUUCGGAGACGAGAACUUACGACCAUGUGACCAGAAUGGACCAAUCAGUGACGGGACGACAUUCAUUUUUUUUCACGCUCACUGCUUGUUGAUCCAUUUUGGUCUCGUGGUCGAAAUAAGCGAUUCUGAAUGGUUGGUAACUUGAACCACUCACGGUGCCUUCGUUCUGCCUCCAAAGAACUUGCCGUUUCCUUAAAGCUGUUCGCGAUCUUUAUUGAGGUUACGUACCAAUAAAUGCUGGGCAUUUUUUUUUUUAUUAUUAUUUUAUCAAAAUACGGGAUAAUUUCGACUUCGAAGGCAGACUUUUUAAUACGAAAAAAAAGGAAAGGGAAUGAUUUUGUUGCCCUUUUUGCUAAGCGAAUAGGAAAAAGCAUAGAAUUUGAGUAAAUUAAACCACGAAAUUUAAUUAUGCAAAAUACGUUUCUCUGGAGAAACCGCGAUAUUAUUGAUAAGAACAUGUUUUUUCUUAAUAUAAAGUGAAUAAUUACUCACUAUUCAGCGAAGAAUUUUCAAUUGUUUUGAUAACUAGUACUAGCUUUUUUUAUCCAAAUCAUUUAAAAUUGUUAAAAUUCAAGCCACUUGUCGUUGCGAAGUCAAUGGACAAAAGGCAGUAGCUUUGUUGUGCACAAUUAUCUUUGAAUAUCUAAAUAAUGAUGCGAAAUUCACGUAAUUUCCUUGCUGUAAACCGUCGUGGUUUAUUUUGUUCUAUUUUGCCAAUCAGACUGACAAUUUUUAAAAUCAAUAGACCGCUGCUUUAACCCGUAAUAUUUCUCAGUUACAAAGUUAAGAAGAAGUAGUGGAGAUGUUUACCGAAAGAUUGAACGAGAAUGUAAUUUCCAAAAGCAACGCCCUUUCAAAAGAGAAAUUUGAUCGUUUUUUCUCACAAUGGUACUUCAAUAAUAAAAGGAACUUUAACUUGAAGGUUUGAAUCAAAUCUAAUUAAUACAGAUGUUUGUUAAAAUCUGGCAAUAAACCUAAAAUCUGACAAGGCUGAAGAAAGGAUCAUUGUCAGUAUCUCAGCAACUGAGCACCUACCCCUCCCCCUUACAAAACAUUAAACUUAACUUAUUAUCAGUUGACUGUUGUUGGGCUAGGAGAGGGGUAGGUGCCCAGUUGCACAGAUACUGACAUUAAUCCGAAGGAAACAUGAAAAAGGAACUGUGGAUAUGUCUAUUUGGGAAUAUCUAGUGAGGGCUUUUCUUGAGAAACUCAAUAACCUCUCGUUUUAACCUUGAAACUCCCAAGAUCUGAUCGUUAAUUCUCCCCUCUAGCUGCUAAACAUUUCGUUGUAAAUUAUUCACGAGAAUUUAGUGCAAGACUAAGAUAACAACUUCUGCCCCAUAAGUUUGAGUAUUCUCAUUACCUGUUUGCUAAAUAAUGUAUGGAUAUUAUAGGGAGAAAUUACAUGUUAAUCACAUCUAGGAGUUAAAGAGAUAAACCGCUAUUGCAUCUGAUGUUCUCUGGGAUUUAGUAUUGUCAAUUUUCCACGUAAAAUAUACUUAUAAUUUGAAAAUUUUUCAGUGAAACCUUGAAUUUUUAUAAGUGAUUAUGAAAAAUUAUAUUUUAAAUUUUGUCAGUUUUCAACACUGAUUUCUGAUCCUUUUUAAAAGGUGUAAGACUAUAGGCUUCUUUAAAAAGGUCCUUAGUUUCGAAUGUAUAUCAGGAGUGCUGCCCUAAAGUAUUGCGAAGAUUGCGUCACGGCUGUCUGAGUUAAUACAAGUGUGAGCUAACUUCGCGUUGUGAC